GUGGGUGCUUGGCCUGGUGUUGGUAUGCCUCAUAAUAAUGUAGGGCUCCAACCCGCUAUUCCUGGUUAUAAUGGUGGGCCUGGAAUUCCUCCUGUUGGUAAAAUGCCUUCUGUUAAGUCUCCUCCUGUUGUUGGUGUUCCUCUUGGUCCACAGCAGGCGUCUCACUCUGCCUCUGCUGGUCCUCAGGGUCUUUGCGGUACUCCUGGUGUACCUGGUUCUUGUCCUGUUGUUGGUGUUCCUGGUAGUCAUGCUCACCCUCAUACUCAUCCUUCUCCAAUACCUCCUCCACCUAAUCAUGGUGCUGCUGGUAGACCUGCUGCCCCUGAACCUCAUGGUCUUGCUGGUUCUCAUGGUUCUCAUGGUAUGACUCUUUCCACUCACCUUGAUGGUGGUGCUGUUAGUCUGCCAGGAGUUGGUGUU